CCACUUACCCUACGUCACAUAUUUGACCGGGAGGGGAAAAUGGCGGUGAGUGUUUUACGGCUCUCCCUGAGACAUAUCGCCCGGAAUUAUGGCUUACCGGGCCGUAACAGCGCUUCAAAAACGUCGUAUCUAAACAGGACGACACCAAGUCGAAGUGCGGUUUCGACGUCGUCGGGUGCUAUCCUGCCCAAACCGGAUAAAACACCAUUCGGUCUGAUCCGCAUGACGGUGGUGGUGGUGCCUUUCCUCUACGUGGGAACUCUGAUCAGCAAGAACUUUGCAGCCCUCCUGGAGGAGCACGACAUCUUCGUCCCCGAAGACGACGACGACGACGACUGAAGCGAGUGCACGGUGCCACAUGUUGCGUCCCCUCAUGCUCCAAGGCUGAGUCCAAGACCAGAUGGUCCCAGGAGAACGAGGUGUCGGUGCUUCACUCUACAUAUCUCCUACCUCUCUCCGGUUUUAUCUUUCAACAAUACAUAUUUUCAAAGAUCCCACAUCAUGUGAGGCUAGCAGAAUGAAAAAGCCCUCACUCCUGUUCGCAUGGUUUUAACUCAAUAAAGUGAGUUCAAAAAGGA